UCAUUGAGUAAAAUAAGUAGAAACAGUGACAGUACUAGUAUAGUGUAGUGUCGGUUAAUACAGACAUAACACGAUGAUGAUGGCCUAUAAUCUGUGAUAAUAUCAUCGCUUAGAUUGAAGGUUUUAUUGUUUAAAGUAUGAUCCCGGUCAUGUUAACAUAUCGAAGGUGUGUCUAACAGUGUCGAUUAACCGGAUGUCAGGAGACAUUAUCUCUAGUUGCAUAGUCAGAACGGUUAUUGACAGUUGGGUUGUAUACAAAGCAGGACGCCUGGAUAUGUCGUAUUUAUCGGACCGUGUGAGUGGGAUAUGAUUUGAAGCCAUUCCAGUUCAACAUCUGUUAGUGAUCAAUACCGUGUGUUUAGUCAGUCGACCGAGUGGGAUACGAUCAACAUGGCUUUACGAAAAUCUAAAAUUUAUAAACUAAUAAUAAACGGAAAUCGGGAAGCUUUGGUUAAGGGGAUGAUGGAGUACUUGCGCAGCGGUAAGAGUCCGAAUAUCCGUGAUCCGGAGACCGGGGGUAAUCUUCUUCAUCAUAUUGUGGAUAACGCGGAUCGGUUCACGGAUCCGGAGACAUUGACUCUAGUGUACAUGUUGGCGUGUAAGGAUGUGGAGAUAGACGCCCAGGAUAACGAUGGAAACACGUGUCUACAUAAAACAGUGAAAGUUAAAGGUGCACACAGAUUGUUGAUAGCGUUAAUCAGAUGUGGUGUAGAUACCGGAAUACGAAAUGAUGAAAGUAUGACAGCAGAAGAUAUUUUAUUACAUCAGAAACCAGAUGGUUGGCAGACUAUGUUACAUUAUUACAAUAAAUAUAAACCAGGACUGUGGCAGGCAUUACAAGCGGAAGCACCCGACCGGAAGUUAGUUGAACGUCUGCUGAAGUCCUGGUGUCGCGUCACGUCUGUUAAAAAUGGGAAAGUGACAAGUUUUAAGACUUUAUUACAAGACGACAUCAAGAAAACCGAUUUAAUACAACUUAUAGAGAGUUAUGAAAAUACUGUUGAGUUAGCUCUGGCAUUAGUUGGUGGAGUUGGAAUGAUAGUCAGAAUGUGGUUAAAACAAGGAAUACUGAAUAAUUAUGACCCGUCCACAGAAGAUAUAGUUUAUCAACAGAGAUACCCUGACACCGUGACCGUACCUCAACCUGUUCUAGCAGCCGCAUGGGAAACUAACAGUCUAAGUGCCGUGGAUGUUAUCAUGGAUUUAAAAACAGAUCCUAACGUACUCUAUUCACCCAACCCACCGGUUAUUCCACUCAAACCGCUUUAUUUUAAUAUAUUAGACAGCGAAUUCAGACCAACUAACCAAAAAAUAAUUGAAAGAAUUUUUAAAGAUUCCGACUUUUCGAGAAGAAAUUCGGAAGGACAAACAAUUUUAUAUGAACUGAUCGGUCGAAAUGAACCGGACUCUUUGAUUAAAUUUGUUCUAAAUAAGGGUAUAAAUCUAGCAUCACGUGAUCGACUUGGUCGGACAGCGUUGGACUUUGCAGAGGAAAAUGGUCGAACGAAACAUUGUCAGUUAAUUGACGACCAAAUUAUUCGAUUAAUUAAAACAAAGAAAAUAUCGGAUGUGGAGAAGUUGAUAUUAGAUUCGUAUAGUCAUUUAAACGAUAUUAAAGAUGGCAGUGGAAGAUCAGCCGUGGAAAUUGCCAAGAAAAGUUCAACUCGUCAGAUGUGUGAUAUAGUCAAACUAGCUGAUGACAUACAGACGUACAUCAGAAGGUUAUUCCAAUCAAUAGAAGAAGGUAUUAUUGAUGACUUAAAGAAAUUAUUAUCCUGUGGUAAAUACGCUGCAGCUAAAGAUAAAGCUGGUCGUACGCCAUUAUUACGAUCUAUACUACGUCACGAGAAAGAUAUGGUGCUGUAUUUAGUAGAAGAACAUGAUUUUGUUGUUAAUGAGUCUGACAAUCUUGGUCGAUCCCCGUUACAUUACGCAUACCUAUUCCUUGAUGACCCGGAAGUCAUAGAUGUACUGGAAAAACACGGAGCUGACCCGGAUUUAAAAGAUGUGCGAGGAUUGAAAGCAGGAGAUUAUAAUAGUAAUGUUUUAUCUAGUCAAGUAUAUUUAAAUCUUGUGAAAGAAGUAGAAGAUAUAGACUUGGAUAUUUAUAUUCAUGAAACACAGUUUGAUUCACAGUUUAAAACAGCCAUACAGGCCGGAGAUUUUGAUGGCGUUCAGAAACUUAUAACAGACAUAAAACAACAUGGCGAUCCUAGUCGCUAUAGCAACGUAUUAUUUGAUUGUAUUGAUAAUGAUAAAGAAGAUAUCGCCGUGUUUCUGUUAAUGAGUGGAUUUAAAAUGGAUAUUUAUAAACAGUAUGAUCGAUGUGAUCCGAAUGAUCCAAUGUGCGCCAUGAUGGAAUGUGGUCACGGAAUGUCGUCAUUAUUAGAACGUGCUAGACAACUCAAGUUCAAAAGAGUAGUCCAGGUCAUAGAAGACUUUAAAAGGGAACAGAUGGCACGAGCAAGUACAUCUAGAUAAAGAUAAAUUAAAGAUGAUAUCACGUACGCGACAGGGGAUGUGCCACGGGGGUCGAGUGGAGGCGGGGUGGGGGUUCUUUGGCUACUCUCAACUUCGCAUUAACGUUCUCAAGUUGUCAACAGCCGAAGUCUGAUUCCCAUAAAACCACCCUCAAGGGACGCCGUGAAGUCAAAAGACUAUCUUUAUAGUUCUGGUUUUGAUAUUGAUAUUAUAAAUACCUUAACAGUUCUGGUUUUGAUAUUGAUAGAAAUCAGUUUUUGAUAUUGAUAAACAUCAGUUUUCGAUAUCGAUAAACAUCUUCUGUUUUUGAUAUCGAUAAACAACUGUUUUUGAUAUUGAUAAACACUCUUAUGUUAUUGAUAUUGAUAAACACCUUCUGUUUCUGAUAUCGAUAAACAUCUUCUGUUUUUAAUAUUGAUAACACUUUAUGUUUAUGAUAUUGAAAAAUACUUUCCUUUUUUUAAUAUUGAUAAACACCUUCUGUUUUUUUUAUAUUGAUAACACCUUCUGUUUUUUAUUUUGAUAAACAUCUUCUGUUAAUUAUAUUGAUAAACAUAUUAUGUUUUUAAUAUCGA